AUGUGCCGACUGACGUGCGUGAUCACCAGCGGCCAGCCGCUGCUUCUGGCGGAUAUUUUGACGCGUCCUCGAAUGGGCAUUAUUCACCAGUCCUUCAACUGCAAGGAACGCCUUCCUCACCGUACUAUCCGCCAAGCCUAUCAUCAAGCUUCCCUCAAUGGCGACGGCUUCGGAGUGGGGUGGUACUCCUCCCCGUCUUCUUAUGCCCCUCCUGUUGCCUACGACGACGAGGAGUCGUGUUUCGACUCGCAGGCCUACGAGGACUGCUCGCGAGAGACCAACUUCCCGGCUUCCGCGAACUCAGCCUGUUUGAACGACGACAGGAGCGUGGAGCGAAAUGGAAAGAGAGAUCGGGGAGGCGAACCCCACCCUCACCACUCUCCUGCGUCGCUUGCGGAUGCAGAGCCCUGCGUCUUCACUUCUCUGAAGCCUGCAUGGGCAGAUCGCAACCUCUUCAUUCUCGCGGAGAAGAUUGCCAGUCGACUCAUAUUUGCUCACGUCAGAGCCGCGAGCACAAACUUGAGCGGAAGCUGCGCCGGCGCUGCGGCGAAGGCCAUCAGCGCGGGCGACCACUCAGACAACGGCGGUUUGCCUCUCUGGGCCACGUGCAGCAGCAGCGUCAGUACUGAGCUUUGCUGCCACCCUUUCCGCUGCGGGCGGUUUCUCUUCAUGCACAAUGGAGGCAUCGGCGACUUUGAGAUGAUCCGAAGGCCGCUGUUGUCGCUGCUCCCUGACCCUUUCUUCACGUACGCAAUCACGAACAGCAGCAUCGACAGCGUCUGCUUGUUUGCGCUCUUCCUCUCGCUGUUGCCGCACUCCCCGUUGGAGCCUUCGACGCCCGCGACGAUGCGCAACGCAGUGGAGCAAAUGAUCAACGUGACGUGCUGCCUCCUCGAAAAGCACAAGAGCACCUCCAUCACUCUCUUGAACGUCGUUGUCACUGACGGCGCAUGCGUGGUGGCGACGAAAUUCGUCACUGGCGGCUGCGGCGAGAGAACCUGCGACCGCGAACGCACGCCCCACUCGCCUGGUUCCAAGGGCGAGGGACGCAGGAGGCCCUUGUCUCCGCUCUCUCCGGCACCGCGGCCGAAAGACAAGUUGCCUGCGGUGUACUCGCAGUGGUACAAGGCGAUGCUCGAGGCGACCGAAGAAGGCAGUGACCAGGAAGACUCUCCACAGUUCGAAGAAGAUGGAUCCCAAGCCGCGAGUCUCUACUUUGCGACCGGCACGCGGUGGCAGCAACAGGGAGCAGACCCCGAGAGUUUCGUCAUGACUCACUCGGAUAAACGGACCGACAUUUGCAUUGUGACGAGCGAGCCGUUGACGGCGAAUCCCGACGACUGGAUGGCAGUCCCGCGGAACCACUUGGUCCUCAUCACGCCGGCGAUCGAUCUCAUGCUUCACCCGAUCACGGUGUCGCUCACGAUGCCGUCUUUCUUUUUCACUUCGUCUCCUUCCCGCAGUCUCUCUCCGUUUUCGACAGUGCUCCACCAGACGUCGCCACGCGGCCGUGGCAUAACGGUGAACACUGGAACCCCGGCUCUCGGGUCUCGAUUUGCGUCUCCGUGGCAAAAUCCGCGGGAGGGGCCCGUGGAGAAGCACAAUGUGGAGGGCGGGGCGGCAGGCGUCGUGUCCGCGCGCAGCGCGCAGCCCCUGUGCAGGGCGGCUUCGCCCGAGGUCCCGGCGUGCGUGCUGUCGCCCCGCAGGAGGCCUGACGGAGCGAAGACGCUUCCCACGCGCUUCUCGUUAUUCACGACGGAAAGCACAGACGCAAGAGUCAGUUUGGUCUCGUCUGUCCCGAGCCCCGCGCAGAGUUUCCCUCACGCCGAGUGCGCCCUCCCCGGGACGCCUGUGUCCCCGGCGGCGCGACCGGGUGAGGAGCUGCGCCAGGCCGCGGGGCACACGGACGCGGGAGGCGUCGCCACCGCGAUGAAGGCCCAAACGGACGAGUGUGCGGCAAGAGAGGAGGCGUUGGAGAUCAGAGGCACAGACAAGAGAGAAGAGGCGUUGGAGAUCAGAGUCACAGACAAGAGAGGAGAGGCGUUGGAGAUCAGAGUCACAGACAAGAGGCAAGAGGCGUUGGAGACCAAGAUCUCGGCCAAGAGAGAAGACGGUUCGCCGCGUUUCGCCGGAGAGCUGGCGUCCACUGGACACGGGGCUCUCUGGGAAUCGCAACGGCCAGGACUAGUGUCGAGUCGAGGACUGGAGGCAUUCGCGUGUGGCGUUCCGCUUCGCGUGUGCGAGGUUCCCGAGACCGGCAGAGACGACUGUUUCUCUGAUUCGUCUCCGUCGGCGGCUUCGCCCCACGCUGCAGGUGCGCCGCAAGGUGCGUGGUCAGGGAGUUUUACUCUGUCUCCAGCGCUGCCUCCCCCCGCCGUCGCGCUCUUCCCAGGGACAGCGCCCUUCUGCCCCAGCGUCGAGGGCGGGGAAGAGAAGCCCGCAUCGCAUCGGCUGCUGUCGCCGUUGGCGCCGUCGCGGGGUCUUUCUCUGCCGCCCUUUUUCGCGUGUUCGUCACCCCUUGUCUCGCUCUACUCGCCCUCCCCGUCGGCCUUCCCGUCCACCUUCUACCAUCUGGUACACACUUUGCGUGUGAGCCGCAGCGCCAUUCUGAGCAUGACGGCCGUGACUGUCCGGUUCCUCCUCGACACUUCCCGCUGCUCUUGUGCGCUGUCGUCCUUCUCGUCCCUGGCGAGUGGGGACGAAAGCGAGGCGUUUGAGCCUGACGAUCUGCUCCUGCGCCCCGGCGCGUCUCUGGGGACACCUGUGGGGCGAGCGCUGAGCUCCGCCUCGAGACACACGCAGGCGCGGUACGUGCAGCAGUCGAAGGGCCUUUACCUGACCUGUCGCUUCCUGAUUGCAGGGAGGCAAGACGGCAGCAUCACCGUCGUGGAGACGCCCUCUGCCUGUCUCUCGCGACGCCGGUGCUUCCAAGCCCACACCGGCGGCGUGCUCAGUUUAACUGCGUUUGCAGUGACGCCCGGGGGGCGGGCGGAUCCCGCGAGCGAGGCGAAGAGAACCGCGGCAGAGCCCUCCACAGGCGAGGACGCGUGGGGACGCGACGCGCAGGCUCGCGAGAACGGGGCGGGGCUAGCGACGCAAGUGGAAGGGGGGAAAGGCAGGGAGCAGUCGACACCCGUUUCCGAUGAAGAGGCAGGCAGCGGAUGCACGUGCUGCCGUCGCCAACUGCCGAAAAUUUACCUCGUCAGUGGAAGCAGCGACACGUCCGUCGCGCUGUGGGAUAUUUCCUCGCUGGUGCUCUCCUCGGCUGCGGCGUCGGCCGCCGCGGCCGUCGCAGCGCCGCCUUUUGCUCUGCCGCAAGGUGAAGACGAGAAGACUCGCGAGUCGGGGCGCGAAGGCGAAGCCGGUCGGGACAUCCGGCGCGAAUCCCAUCAAAUCGAAGACGUCGAGAUGGAGCUAGACGCGAACGCCCUGCUCGCCCUCCGCAUCCGCCUGAGACCCCACCAGGGAGACGUCCUCUCGGUCUCGGGCUUCCCAGCUGAGGCUCAGUCGAACGAGGAGGGGGACGAAGGAGAGGAAGGCUGCGGCACGCGAGAAGAAAGGCAGUCUCGUCGGGGAAAGGGUGGGCGUCGACGAAGCGAGGAGGCGGGUGGGAGGGGCGAGGCGAGAGGCUGCGAGGUCGCGCCUCGAGGCGCGAAACGGAUCUUUGGAGACAGGCGUCUCCCGCUGGACUCGGGAGCAGGAUGCGUGUACACCUACUACCACUGUUCGCGUUGCUGCGAUUUGUGGGGACGACGGCCGACGCGCUCGUCCCGGAAGGGCUCAGAAAGCAAGAUCCUGCGGUCGGAGGGGGCGUCGGGGCCUCUGUCCUUUUCGCCACCGUCCCUGCUCGCCCCGCCCGAGCUCUCGCCCCUUUCUUCAGGGCGGCCGUCGCCGCCUGGGCUUGACGUCUCGCCGAUCUUCGCCUCGGCGUUCUCAGCGCCGUCGCUGCUCUUUCUGGGUUUCCAGUCGACAAAGGUCGGGGUGAUGUCGAUUCCUUCUCUGCUGAGGUACAUUGCGUAUGUGGACGCGUUCCUCGUGUUUCUGGACCGGCUCCUGUUGGCGUCUUCCCUGGGCUCGGCGUCCGGUGCGUCCUCCGCCGCGUCUUCGAGGUCUUCGUCGGCUGUGGGGCGCGCCACGCCGUCUGCGGAGACUCCCGACGAGGCGGGCCUUCACCACAUUCGUCUGCGCCACGAAGAAGAAGGCAAGAAAAUCUUUGCACUCGCGGCCGCACUGCUGAGAGAGGUGGUCCUCGUGGACACAAAGGACCACGUCUGCUACCCGCGGAAGAAGCCGAAACGCGGGGCGCGACAUCCCGGCCACCCUUGCUGUUUCUCCGGCGGCGUGUUUGCAUGCAAAGCUCCGGAUAACCUCGACGUCUUCCCCCUGAUCAACGCGUCCCUCCAGGACGAGCUGCAACGCUCCCUCAGACGAUAUCGGAACCUGUCCCUACUCGAGUCCUUCGCAGAGAUGCGGUCGUUCGAGGAGAGUGCUGCUGGCGACAGGAGACAGGAAGAGGUCCACCCCACAGUCGACAAACGGGCAGAGAACGAGCAGGCCGAGGGCGAGGCCAGUCAUGGGCACCGCGGCGAAGAACCAGUAGGAGAGAGUCGCGUUUUCUCCAAGGCAGCUGCGUCGCGGAGGCGCUCCGCGUGUCCCCCGGUCGUUCGCGAGACUGCGCCAGGCCUGCUGCUCGCCCGGACCCUCAGCGAGACGCUGUCUCCGCAGCCGUGUACGCUGUUUGCCCUCUCAAAGGCGUCGUGCUGCGGAGACAGGUUGGACGAAACCGGGAAGGGCGAGCGCGAGACAGAAACGCCUAGCGUCCCGCUGUUUCCUCUGCAGGCCCUUGGCUGCUCCCUGCUCAGCAGCCGCGACCUGCGUCUCGAGUGUCGGUUCCUGCCGUUUGCAUUGGAAGCCUCGGGGUGCUCGCCGCACUCGCAAUGCGGCCGCGACCGGAGCAAGCUGACACGCGCGCACCGCCCUCAAGAGGACGACGAGAGAGAGGUGGAGGGGUCAGGUCGACGCCAUCUCUUCGGCGGGAGCAGCUGGUCUUCGCUUCCAGGCACCCCUGAGCGCGGCAAGCGCUCGCCGUCGACCGCCUGCUUGUCGCCGCCUGCCUCGCCGACGUCUGCGGCCUCGAGAGGAGGCUUCUGCCACGCGGGGGCGUUUUCAAGUGUGUCGGCCAUCUGCGCGUCGUCGCAGCUGGUGGGGAUGGUGGAGCCUCAGAGUCCGGCGCCGGACGGCGGCAGAUCGGGGGGGGACCAGGGACUAGGAGACAGGGGUGCCUCCCCGAACGGAGACAAGCACGGAGACAGCUCUCGAGGUCGUGAAGUGAGAGCUGCUGCGCCAGAAGAGCCUUGUGCGUCACCACAGGAAGCGGUCGCAUCGUCCCCCGGGCGAGAAGGCUCUCGAAGGCAGGACCGAGAAACCGACCAAAGGCAAGACAGGGAACCGAAGAGAGAAACGGGGGUGGCGAUGGCGUCGUGCAUGCGGUCGUCUCCGCCGGAGUCUUCGCCCCUCGCUGCCCUCCCGGGGGCAGCUGACCCGCCGGGGCACGUCGGCUUCGUGGAGUGCGUGGUCGCCUGCGGGCCCUACCUCUGUUCGGGCGGCGGAGACGGGCGCGUGGUCGUUUGGGCUCCAAAGACGGGGACAGUCCGGGGCGAGCUGCGGGGACACCGCGGCGGCGUCCUGUGUCUCUCGUUCUACGCGGGGGAAACAGAUCCCGGGUAUGGCUGUGCGCGGCAGAGCCGCCGCAGGGCGCACCUUCCAGGCGGCGCGGCGCAGGAGGCCGAAGGCUCCGCGUUUAAGGCGGGGAGUCUCUCGGAGACACUGUCCCCUUUGUCGAGCGAAGAGUCGGCGCCGCGGCGGGUCCGAUCUGCGCGUUUCGGGCCCGCCGCAGGUCGCCGUUCCGCAGGUGUCUGGGGGCACGAGGCGGACGUGGAGACCGAAGGUUUGUUGUUUUCUGGAAGUCGCGACAAAACGAUUCGCGUGUGGCGGAUCGACGACAUGGUAUGUGUGCAUGCACUCCUCCAACACAGCGCGGAAGUUCUCUCGCUCACGUCCAGCUGUGCGCACGGGUUAUUGGUUAGCGGGGCAGCGAAUGGCGAGAUCUUCGUGUGGUGCGUGGAAACCCUGGAGGUCGUCCACGCCCUCGGCACGGCCUGUCUAGGCAACACCCAUCGUCCCUUGCUGUCCCCGAGCAUGUUCUCCUUCCGGCAAGCCUUCGGCCCAGACGGCGACGCACCCCCGCAUGCAGAACCAAAGCAGUCUCCAGCCCUCGCCCGAAGCGGCCAGGGCGUGGCUGUCACGGCGCUGCUGCUGGUGGGGCGGACGGCUGCGGCAGAGAAAUGCUUCCCGAGGAGACGGCGGCUGGAGCGCGGGUUUUCGGGCUCGGAUGUGGAGCCGCGUCUCAGCGGGGCCGUAGGGGGGAGAGGAGAGAGCGACGAGGGCCUCGGUGCGGCGCCCAGGACGGUUUCACAGAAGGCCCCGAGGCGGAAACAGGCCCUCGAGGGCGCGCACGAGCCCCCACGAAAGGAGGCACGGUGCGGGAUGCGAACAGAGGAGAGCAGUGGAGACUCGAGUGGCGAGAGCAGCGGCAACAGUUCGGAGGACGACGUGGAAAUGAACUUGCUGCUGGACGGCGACGGCACCGACACCGUGCAGUUGUGGGCAGCGACCGGCAACGGUCUCCUGCGCGUCUGGCAGGUCCCCUCACUCAAGAACCGCGGGAGGCACCUCGCCCUGCUAGCGUCCCUCACGGAGACAGGCCAGUCCCUCCAGCUCGAAAACCCCUCGGAGGGUCCCGUCGACCCCGAGGAGACCCGCGCGCCUGCGGGCACGGGCGAGCCCGACAGCGAGGCGCGAGUUGGAGCCCAGAAGCCGAGCCGCGGUCGCGAGAGUUGGCGACGGGACGCCGAGGCGGUCGAGGGUGACGACGGGACCGGGUUGGCGGGCUCAGGUCGGAGCCGGAGGCCAGAGACGCCGCGACGGCAAACAGAGGCAGCGAGUCGCCGCGCCGUCAGACGCGCUCGAGGCCCACGAAGUGCGGGAGCGUCUCCGUCGCCCUCUCUCUUGACUUUCGCAUACCUCCAGCGUUUGGCCAGCCGCCCGACUGCGCCCUUUCCGUUCGGCGUCCCUUUCGUCUCGGCGCCUUCCGUCUCGCUGUCGUCUUCGUCCUGCUUCAUGAACCUCCUUCGACGCUUCGUCUCCCUUCCCUCCGUUUCAGGUUCUCCUGCCUGUGUGGUUCCGGGGUGGCAAGCUGCCUCUUUCCUAGCGUCUUGCUUCGAGCGGCUCUUGGGGGCGGAGGUGCGGCUCAUACCCACGUCUUGUGCGAGUUCUUGCUCGCCCUGGGCCGUGGCGACCCUUGCCGGCGGAGAACGCGGCGCGAGGGCCGGUGCGGCGGCGGGGCGCGAGCCUCGCGAGGCGCCCGCCAACGGGCCUUUCUUCGCACCCUGUGCCCCGCAGUCGGGCCGGGGGGAUCCGGGCGAGACGGCGGGUUUGCCGCUCGUUCUCGCGCGGCUGGGGAGCGACCCGUCGAAGCCGACGGUCGUCUUUUACUCGCACUACGACGUGGUGGGCGCAGAGGUGAACGGCGGCGAAGCGCGAGAGUUGCAGGCCUUGUGUGGGGCGUCUCCGCGCGAGACGGCGCGGCGAAAGGGCCCGGAGGGUCACGAGGCGGACGGAGACAGCGGCACAGGCGCCGCGGAGACUCUCUCCUCGUGGAGAAGCAAUCCAUGGAGUGUGUGGGGCGAGGAUGGCUACGUGUACGGUCGGGGCGUGAGCGACAACAAGGGCCCAAUUCUCUGCACGCUGUUUGCCGUUCGCGCGUUUGCCCGGCACCGACGGAGACGGAGACACCUGGCGGUGCGAACCGAAGAGAACAGAGACCGUCAGGAAGAGCGAAGGCGCGCGAGUGCACAGAACGGAGUGGGCCAGGCGACACGGGAGACAGACGGAGACACCGAAGGGACGAAGCGCGAGAGCGGGAACGGCACUCGAGAGAGAAAAUGCCGGACUGAGAAAGGCCUGCCGUUCAACUUUGUCUGGGUCUCUGAAGGCCGCGAAGAAAGCGGAAGUGGCGGGUUCGAAGACGCACUGAAGAAACACCUCAACUGGAUUGUCGGCACAAAAUUCUUCGUCAUAUGCACCAACAGCUACUGGAUCGACGACGUCCACCCCUGCCUCGUAUACGGAAUGCGCGGCGUGGUGGAUGCGCGAAUCGUGGUGAAGGGUGGAGGAGAGCAGACUGGGCAUCACUCGGGCGUCCACGGCGGGGCCGUGGCUGAGCCGCUCCAGGAGCUCCUGCAGGCGGUUUCGAGCCUCACGGACGUUCGCACGGGGCGUGUGCGCGUGCCGCACUUCUACGACGGAGUUUUGCCUCUCCCCGACGACGAAGUGUCUUCGCUUAUGAAAAUUCCCGUUGACGCCGCGGCCUAUGGAGCGUCGGUCAAGCAUGCCGGCCUCCGGAGCCGCGACGGGCCCACGCUUCUGCGGAAGAGGUGGCUAGAGCCGUGUUUGUCUGUCGUGAACAUCUCGUCUUCGGCGCAGUGUUUGGCCGACGGCGCAGCGGCCGUUCUGCCUGCCUCGUCUCUGGCGGAGUGGACAGGCAAGGCCGAGCCCUCACUGCAUGCACGCUGUGACCACGCCCACCCCGUCGCCCGAGAUGGCAGCGUUGCGCCUUCGGCGGGCGGCAACUUCCGCAUCAUUCCCUCCGCAGCCUUUUGCGACCUUUGCAUUCGCCUGGUCCCGUCGCAAAACCCAGUCGCGGUCUUUCUGGCCCUGAAGCGCUACGUCGAGGCGCUCUUCCGAGACAUGCAGUCGGAGCACCAGGUGUACGUACACCUGGUGGGCCACGGCCAAGGUUGGAAAACGAACAGACAAAGCCACAGCGCGAAAGAGCUCUUCUCGGCGGCUCACCAGGCCAUUCAAGAGUCCUGCCUCGUCGCUCUCGUGGGGUGCACUUUCCCCUUUUCAUCGCGCCCCACUGUCUUCCCGCGGGGUUCCGCAGAAGCGUCUCCGUUGUUGAUGGUCCCCGCUGUCAGCCGCGUUCGUGCGUCGUUUGCUUUCACUCUUUUUCCGGGGGGCUUUCCUCUCUUUUCCCAGAUUUGGGGCGUGGAGCCUCUUCACAUUCUCGAAGGCGGUUCAAUGCCGGUGAUCAAAGUCUUGACGGAUCUUCUGAUUCGGCACAGCGCCGUCUUGCGCUGCGCUUCCACGGCGUGCGCGAUCACUCCCAGUCUCCGGUCUUCCGGCUCUUCCUCCUUCGUGGGCGCCGACCAGGAGAGACACCCGAGCGAGCUGACUCUCGAAAAAACGUCGAGCAACCCGGGGAACGAGGGACAGAAGGAGACCGACGGAAAAGGCGAGAAGGCCGCGAACUUGGACGACGUCGUCGCCAUUCAGAUUCCCCUGGGGCAAGCCAGCGACAAUGCGCACUUGCCCAACGAACGAAUUCGCGUGAUCAACCUCUAUCGGGGUGCGAAGGUUUUGGAAAGAACGCUGGAUCUUCUGGCUCAACUGCAUCGGAGACAGUCGUUUUGA